AUGGGAGCUCUUUACAAUACGAUCGCUCUGACACAUUUCAACCUAGGAAACCUUUCGAAAGCAUUAGAAUUUUUUGAAAAGUCACUUGAAAUCAAAAAAGUUGCUCUACCGGAAGGUCAUCCUGAUUUAGCAAACACGUAUAAUCAUAUCGGUUUGGUCUAUUGGCAGAUAGGUGAAUAUGGAAAAGCACUUGCAUGUUACGAGCAAGCCGUAGAAAUCGGAGAACGUGCAUUACCGCAAGAUCAUCCAUACCUACAGGCCUAUCUAAAUGGCCUUGCUCAAAUGCGAGCUAAAUGUCAAUCCAUCUAG